CCACAGAGUCGGCAUCAUGUCACUGUCGGCUGGGGGUCGGGGCCUGGGGGCCGCGUGGUCCCCGACGCACGUACAGGUGACGGUGCUCCAGGCCCGGGGGCUGCGGGCCAAGGGCCCCGGCGGCACCAGCGACGCGUACGCGUUGAUCCAGGUGGGCAAGGAGAAGUACGCGACCUCGGUGUCGGAGCGCUGCCUGGGCGCGCCGGUGUGGCGGGAGGAGGCCACUUUCGAGCUGCCGCCGCUGGGGCUGCCUACCGGGUCCGGAGCCGCCGCCGCCACCCUGCAGCUCACCGUGCUGCAUCGUGCCCUGCUCGGCCUCGACAAGUUCCUGGGCCGAGCCGAAGUGGAUCUGCGGGAGCUACACCGCGACCAGGGCCGACGGAAAACCCAAUGGUAUACUCUAAAAUCAAAACCAGGGAAGAAGGAGAAAGAUCGAGGAGAGAUUGAGGUGGACAUCCAGUUUAUGAGAAACAACGUAACUGCCAGCAUGUUUGAUCUGUCCAUGAAAGAUAAGUCCCGUAAUCCAUUUGGGAAACUGAAAGACAAAAUCAAAGGGAAGCGGCAUGAGGAACCUUCUGACAGUGCCUCAGCCAUCAUCCCAAGCACCAUGAACACAGUAGACAGUGAUGAUGACUCUCUUACAAAAGACAAGAAGAAAUCAAAGAUCAAAACCUUGUUUUCUAGGUCUGGCUUACAGAAAACACCUCUUUCCCAGUCCAUGUCUGUCCUUCCUACAACUAAGCCAGAAAAAUUGACCCUUCGUCCAGGAGACUUCCACUCCCAGUGGGAAGAUGAUGUGGAGGAUGAGUCCUCUUCACCCUCCAACAGCAUGUCUCAUAGGAGAACAGCAAGUGCUGAUGUCAAGCAGAUGAACUUUACCCUUCCCAAGAAAGAAGGAUUGUCUUUUUUUGGUGGCCUUCGGUCUAAGAAUGACCAGCUUUCUCGAUCUAAUGUAUGUAUCAAUGGAAAUCACAUUUAUCUGGAGCAGCCAGAGCCCAAAAAUGAGGCUAUGCCAAAGGACAGCACCCCAUCUUCCUCCCCAUCCCCUCAAGGCUUUAGGAAGAAGCAUUUGUUUUCAUCUACAGAAAAUCUGUCUUCCAGACCUUCUAAGGAAUCAGGGGAGGCAGGGAGGAUGUCCCUGGACUGGCAACUGUCUGGAUCUCUCCCAAAAGAUUCUUUGAAAUCUCUGACUCUGCCAUCCUACAAACCACUUGUUAGUGGAGAUGUAAAUGUGACCCCUGUGCAUACGGAAAUUGAAAAGGAGACUAAGGAGAACAAGAAGCAAGAGAACAAGAAGUCCUCUUUGCUCUCUUUGGUCACAGGAAAAAAGGAUGCUCUGAAGAACAGUGAAGUUGAAAGCAACACUCCUAGUAUGUUGGAGAAAGAAAAAGAAAUCACACCUGUGGAAGCCACAGCAAAGGAAAAAGAGGCAGGGCUUGUUGAAAUUCCAGUGGAAGACCCUGAUGACAAGCCUGAGGAAGACUUGUCAGCCUCUGCCUCCAGACAGAGCAAAUCACUGAGCUCCACUGAGGAAGUACCCAGGAUGCAAUCUGGAGCACAGCCUGAGCCUAGUCCUAAACCUAGGCCACCUGCCCUUCCAGCAAGAGGCCCCCAAACCAAAGCUGUCAAACCCAGAACUCAUCCUGUGAAACCAAUGAAUUCAACAGUGACAAAAACCCUUCCCACCAGUUUAGGUACUGCUACUAUCAUUAGUGAGAACUUGCUCAAUGAGGCCAUUAUAAAGAAAUACAAGCCUUCUGAUCCUGAAUUCGCUUAUACUCAGUUAACCCAUGAUGAGCUGAUCCAGUUGGUUCUGAAACAGAAGGAAACAAUAAACAAGAAGGAGUUUCAGGUUCGGGAGUUGGAAGACUACAUAGACAAUUUGCUUGUCAGAGUCAUGGAAGAAACUCCCAAUAUCCUCCGUACUCCAGCACAGUUAGGGAAUAAAGCAGGAAAGAUGUGAGU